AGCCUUCACCCUUCCGCCACUGCUUUACCCGACGUAGCCAUGAGGUAGCCAUGAGUACGGCUUUCCUUUCUGUAUACGGCUUGUCGGUUGGAGAGCAGACUAUCAUGAGGGUCAAGGCAACUGGAAAAAACCACUCAAAGAAGGGCCAUCGUGUGCUUUUGCUAUGAAUUAUAUCCCUUUGGCAAUUUAUUUAAUGCAACUAUAUUGUGAGGCUCUGAGCACUCUCCCUGCGCCUGUUAAUGUAACAAUCGAGUCUGUGAACUUUGAGCACAUCCUGAAAUGGAACCCAGGGGCAGGGACACCGCCUGGGACAGGCUACAGGGUCACAUACAGCCACUAUGGGUCAAGAUGGCGGCGGUUGCCUGCCUCCUCUGCCACUAUGGUCAAUGUGACGGAGAAAUUCACAGAGGUCACCUGGCUGUAUGCUGUUCGUGUGCAGGCCGUCAAUGGUGCCAUGAAGUCCCCCAUGACUGCCACAACCUUCCGCCCCUAUAAAGACACUGUCCUGGGCCCCCCUCAGGUGUCUUUGGCAGGCUGUGGAAAUUGCCUCAAAAUCAACAUCACAUUUCCCAGAGGGAGAGCAAAGGAAAGCAUAGAAGAUAUCUAUGGUGUCUUUCGGUUCAACAUUUCUUGGAAAAAAAUCGGAGAGAUCCAGGUACAGCAUUACUCCACACAGCUCAGCAGUUCCAUGCUGGAGAAUCUCCACCCGGGAGUGGAGCAUUGCAUACAGGUGAAGCCCCAGCUGGCUGUCAAUAAGAAUACACUGCGCUCUGGCUGGGUCUGUGCUCUCACCAGCCCUGGGGACCAGAGCCCGGUCCCCACUGUCCUGGCAGGUGUAUCAGGGAUUCUGCUGGCCCUGGGAGGGGUGAUUCUGAUAGGCCUCAUCUAUGCUGGAUUCCUGUUUAAACUGAAAACCCACCUCCCCAGGGUCCUGACAUCCAUGGUGGAGGCCGACUACUUCAGCAUGGAUAGUAUCAUUCCAGAUCCUGUCUCUGUCACCUUUGAACCCACAUGUAGAGGGAAGGGAGAUGGGGCGGAAGUUGGGGAUGAAGAUGAGGAAGAUGAAGAAGAUAGGGGAAACAAUGCUUAUGAGAGACGGGCAGCUAGAUUUUCCAGUGGGACAAGCUCAGGCUGUACAUCUUGCGCUGCAGCGAGCUCAGUCACAUCCCUUACCACCGCCACCACCACCACAGACAGUUCUGGGAAUACUCAGACUUCUAUCAACAUGGCAGCUGAAGUGAGGGUCCCUCUAAUUGUGGAGGUGCUUGAAGUCUGCAGGCAGACUGAGGACGGCAAGAAGAGUGCAGAACCAGAUCUCCUGGAGGAUGAAGAGUGGGAUCAGGAGUGCUGUACAGAUGUAAACCUCCUUUCCGUCACUCUGGGAGCACAGGAGGAAGAGCGUGGGGAUGCAAUGGAGCUGUUUGGAGACGGCCCUGAUGAGGGCCAGCCCUUGCUCUCUGUAGAACCUCCUGAAAGAUCCACAGAUCUUAGCAGCACACAGAGGGCUGGGCCAGUCACUCAGACUGCAGAGGAGCUCUGUCUCAAUAUUUAUGAAGGCACUGACUCAGCACUGACAGAACUGACUGGGCACUGCAGGAGGAAAGAGUACAGUGAUAAAGAAGAAGAUGAUGAUGAUGAUGAGUGUUCAGGUUAUAUAAGACAUUAGCCCUUUCCCAGCUCUUUAACUCAUCCCAAUCUCUUUGCUUGUGUUUUUUGAUAUGUCAGAAAGAGUUGAACAUUAUUAUUAUUUGGAGCAGUUGAGAAGCUGGAGGAAUGCUCUGGGUAAUAUUCUUCAUCAAAGAAGAGGAAUUAUGUAAUGUACAUGGUGCACUUUACACUACAAGCAUUCCCGUGAUAAAGCUGUUUUUUUAGACAGUGACUCCUGUGGGUAAAAUGUGCAGUAGGUUUAAGCUUGGCUUUUGAAGCAAACUGAUGAGGUUCAGAAUCCAGUAGCAUAUUUGACAUUGUGCUGUGCCUGGACCAGGGCUAAGUCCGCGUGCUCUCAUAAAAGCUUAUGUUUAAAUACUGCUUUAAAACAAGAGAACGUGGUGGAGCACUUGUAGAUUAUUUACCUAUUUAUUAAA